UUUGCGCGGACGCAUCGAGUCGAGUCAGUCGAGCGAGUCAGUCUGAUCUAGCGCACCAACCUCGCACCAACAUCGCCGCGUUCGGAUUUCGAAUUGUUUGUUUUUAAAUAAAUCAACUGUUUUCGCGAUGCCGCUGCCAUAUGACACGAUGUCCACGACUUCGCAGCCGCGAACGGAGUCCUUGUUUACAAAAUGCUGCUGUUGCAUUCCAUUGAGGCUUGGGUGUUUUAUCCUCGGAUAUUUAAAUCUGGUAUUCAACACCUACCACACGCUUGCCCUACUGACCCUGACCACCUACAUCGGCAUCACGACCCACGGCUUCGACCACUUCGACUCUGACCGUCCCCGCAUGGUCUCGGAUCAGGUGCCCGACAUCGAGUCUGUUGAGAGACCCUUCCUCAACCAAGUGGGGAUCCUGCUCAUGGUUGUGCUCUGCGCUAAUAUUGCUUGGCUGAUGAUCAAUGUGGCGUGUCUUGUGGGACUGCAUAAGAAAAGUCUCGGCCCAAUCCGCGUCUACAUCGGCUUCGCCACCGUACGACUGCUGUUGUCUCUCGCUGGCUUCGUCUACCUCGUGAUGUCUUGCAGUGCUGGCACUCAGACUAUCGUCAUCCACAGCUUGGACCUCGGUCUCGCAGCCUACUUCAUCCUGGUGUACUACAUCUACGCGGUUCACCUCGAGCGUGAACUGCAGCUGACCCGCCCCGAGCCUGCUAACGACAUCUCCUUCGUUUAUCCUGUCAAGAUUGAUAAGGAGAAGCUUGUUCUGUAGAUAGUCCCAGAGUUCCAGCACCACACCACACUUAAGGAUGACUCGCAUUAGAACAGCUCCGACAAUGUUUCGUAAAGCAUCACGUAAUCACCGAAGCUCGGAAGUUCGAUGGGUCCAGCGGUAGCAGCAUGGUUCCAUUUUUAUCGCCUGUCACUAUGCCUGUCACUUCCGCACUUACAUACUUGUUAGAACGUGACAGGCAUGGUGACAGGCGAUACAAAUGCGACCGUGCUUAGCCCGCUGGAACGUAGGAGGGUCGGUCAUGUUUUGUUUUUUGACGGCCAUUCAAGCUACGAGCAAAACUCGUUGUGCCGACGAAUACGUACUCGAACCGUUGGCCUACGGACAAUUCAGACAUAUCGAGGAUCCGAUGGAGCUGCGUAAAGCUCGGUGUCUGCUCGAUGAGUACUCGUCUCGGGCCGGACUCGGUCCUGUCUAACGUGAGUCCAUCUUUUAAUUAGGAGAGUUGAAAUGUGCCAUUCUCAACCAAAAGGGUACUUAUUGUCGGUUGUCAAUAAGGCGCUAUUUCCAUAUAGCUUCAAUUUGAAAUCAACAUAAUUGACUAGCGACAAUGUGGUACCUUUUGGUUGAAAAUGACACAAAAAUGCCGUUAUUUUGUCACUGAAAGCAGAACACAACUAAAAUCGCGUCCUGUAAAUAACAUGGAUUUCCCUGCUCUAAACACCUACAGGGCCUUUAAAUCCUAUUCUAAUAACUAUUUUAAUAAUUAGCGUUGCUGUCGUAACCGUAUUGAAAUCGCAUUUAGAAUGUUCAGUCCACCACUCUUUUUAUCGAGAGCAAUGUUGCUGCAUUCACGAUUGAAAUGUUACUAUUUUUUAUUUCUAAAUCUCUUUUUCAUUUAAUUUAAAAAUACCUACAGAGGGAUGUGCAAUAAUUAAAUAUUUUAUGAGCUUACAAAAACAUGUGUUGCCGUUAGCGCGUUCAUUGAACUGAUUUUAGAUUCAUAUUUAUUUAAAGUGCCUGUACCUUUAACGGUUUUAUGAAUAAAAUAAUAAAGUUUAAAACAGUUAGUAGUUUUUUCCACUCUCGUUGAAUAGUGCUAUAUUUUAUUAAUAAAUACAUAGCCAGCAAAUGAAAUUAAAUGCAUGUAAUAUGUAUUCAAUGACGCUUAAAACCAAACAAUUGUAAAACUGAAGUAAUUAGAAAAACGUCAAAACUUUUAAAGGUUUUGCCGUAUUAAAGGAAUCACUAUUAAGAAUAUUAGAUAAAUCUCGAAUUGCUUUCUUAUGAAGUUAAUGUAAAAAUGUUUUAAACAUAUUACUAUUCCUUACUAUUCCUGAAAUAAGGCAAGCUAAGCAUGUGAUGUAUUUAUAAAAUUAAUUAACAUACUUGAAUAAAAAAGAGAUUAAUUAAGAUUUUUUGUCAAUAGAAAUUAUAUACGUUAAUUUGAGUAGAUUGUUACUGUUUAAUAAUAAUAAUAAUUAUUGUAACUAGUUAAGUAGGUACUGUAACCAGGAGGUUUGAGCGAAGGGUUGAGAGUGAAACAGCGAG